AUGAAUAAGAUAGAUAAUCAGCUUAAAGAUUAUGGAGUGCCUUUGGGCCAAGUGCAUCAUGAAGAAAAGGCAGAACAGAAGCAUGAGCAGCAGCAUGAGAAGCCUGGUAAUGUUGAUGAAAGGGAACAAAUGCGGCAGAAACAGCUUCGUGAACAGCAGGAAAGGAAGAGGCAGCAGCAGGAGCAGGAGCGAAAGCGGCAACAGGAGGAAGAGGAGAGGAGGCGCAAAUAUGCAGAAGAACAGGAAAAACUGAAGAAAGAGAGGGAACGUGCCGAGAAAGAACGUUUAGAGCAGCAACGACAACGGGAAGAGGAGGAAAGGAAAAAACAACAGCAGCAGAAAGAAGAAGAAGAGCGGAGGAGACAACAGAAGCAAAAGGAGGAAGAAGAACGACGAAGACAGCAGAAACAGAAGGAAGAGGAGGAGAGGCAGCGACAGCAGAAAAAGAAAGAAGAGGAGGAACGGCAGCGACAGCAGAAACAGAAGGAAGAAGAGGAAAGACAGCGUCAACAGAAACAGAAGGAAGAGGAAGAACGGCAGCGACAAUUGCUUGAAAAGCAGAAACGAGAAGAGGAAGAGAGGAAACGAAAGGAAGAGGAGGAUAGGCUGAGAAAGCAAAAGGAAGAAGAAGAAAAACUAAGGCAACAGAAUUUGCAAAAAGAACAGGAAAAGAAGCGACAAGAGCAACAGCGAAAGGAAGAAGAACAACGGAAGUUGCAAAAGCAAAAGGAGGAACAAGAGAGAAUGCUGAAGGAGAAACAAAAGCGAGAGCAGGAAGAGAGAUUGAAAAAGGAAGAGGAAGCAAAAAAGCAGCAGCAGGCUCAGCAACAACAGCAACAAGCGCGGCAGCAACAGCAACAGGCUCCGCCUCAGCCGAAACAGCAGGCUGGGCAACAACAGCAGAAACCGCCACAACAACAGCAGCAGCCCAGAAAAUGA